AUGGAACGCAACAUUCCAGAAGUUUCCACCGGGUUGCUACCGAACACCGACUCAACCGAGUCCACGCUACCCUCGAUGGGCUACUACGCAGUGCGACUGCCUCAGUUCUGGCCGGAGCAUCCAGACAUUUGGUUUGCGCAAGUAGAGGCCCGAUUUCAGGUAUCUAAUGUUACCUCACAGCAAGCAAAGUAUGGCCACUUACUUGCUGCUUUGCCCCACGAUCUAGCACUCGAGUUGUGCGACAUCCUAUCGGCGCCACUGAGUCAGACGCCCUAUGACACGUUGAAGAAGGCAAUCCUUGAGCGCACGGCAAUUUCAGAGCGAAUGCGGUUGCAAAUGCUCCUCUCAGCAACCAAUCUCGGAGAUCGCCGUCCAUCAGAGCUUCUCAGGCAGAUGCAAGCCCUUCUCGGCGUUCGAGCCUCAUCUUUUGAUGACGUGCUACUAAAGGAACUGUUCAUUCAGCGUUUGCCACACAUGGUUCAGAUGGUUUUGACAACAGCGUCGGAGCUGAAUCUGUCCUCUUUGGCCGCCCUCGCAGACAAGUCUCGCCGUGAUGAGGCUCGCACACGCGUUGUAAACGUCUUGUCGAAGCUGCGCACUCAACCCACGGUAGCCCCCUUAUCCCAGCAGGAGCGUGAUGCCGCCAAGAGGCUACGUGAGAAUCAUGACAUUGUGAUACUUCCUGCCGACAAGGGUAACGCUACGGUCCUUCUCGACAAAAGCAAGUACAUCGAAAAAAUGCACUUGCUUCUGAGUGAUAAACAAACAUACGCCCCGGCUGCAAGAGACCCUACACCUAAGCUACAAAGGGACUUGCAAAAACUUCUGUCCGACAUCUUCCGCAUGGUGCCGCCUCAACACAAGCAGCUGUAUUAUAAAUUGCUUUGCCACAAUGGAUCAGCUCCAGCUAUAUACGGCCUACCGAAGGUACACAAGACCGAUAUCCCCCUGCGCCCUAUAGUGGACUUCACUCGCUCCCCGCUCUACAGGCUGUCAGGUUUUCUUCAUAGGGUCAUCUCGCCCCUGGUAGGCAAAGGUGCUACCUAUAUACGCAACACGUAUGACUUCAUCGAAAAGGUCAAAGACACAAUAGUCGAUCCGGACGAAGUCUUGGUUUCCUUCGACGUUGUGUCACUUUUCACGAGUGUACCCAUAGACAUGGCCGUGGAUGUGUGCGUUGCCGCCCUCGACAAGGACCCGACAUUGCCUGAGCGAUCUCCCCUCGAAGUGCACGACCUAGGCAGGCUACUCAAGUUUUGCCUGUCGAACACCUACUUCACCUUUCAGAAGAAGUAUUACCGGCAGUUACACGGUGCGGCGAUGGGGGCGUCGAUUUCGCGGCAGAACCUCGACCUAUUCACGGUUCACCUCAACAGUAUGCAUCCAGCAAUUCAGUUCACAGUCGAAGCGGAGUCUGAGGGCCAGCUACCGUUCUUGGACGCCCUGGUGAAACGCGAUGGCUCAGGCUUGUCGUUCAAGGUGUUUAGGAAGCCCACUCACACUGGCCGCUACCUCAACUACAGAUCGGUGCACCCGGCUUCGCAAAAGAGGUCCGUUGUCGGCUCUCUUCUUCGUCGGGCGGAAAGGGUAUGCACGACAGGGGAAGACCGUGCGGGUGACAAUGCACUGGUGCGGCAGGAGCUGAUGGCGUGUGGUUACCCUGAGUACCUAAUUGACUCAGUAGGGCGCCAGUUGGCUCGUGCAGUGCCCGCCCAAUCUGGACCCACACAGAAACGGGCCGCAAUUCCGUACGUUCCGGGAGUAAGCGAGCCCCUUGCACGAGUUCUGCGGUCUUAUGACGUGCAGGCUGCGCACGUCCCGUCCAGGAAGCUCCGGAACGAACUCGUACGUUUGAAGGACCCUCUUGAAAAGGAAAGGUACCCGGGUGUUGUGAUCUGGGUAGAGGAACCUGUGCUUGAGAAGUGCCUCAUCGAAGGUGGAGGCACAGCAGAUCUGCAUAUGUCGGAGGGAUCGCCGAGCUUUGUGUGUCCAAGGGUGCAGAUAGGCGGUCAGGAGGUCACGCAACUGCAGAGCAACGUCACGGAGGGCGGCUAA